UUUCAUUUUGCAAAUGCUCUACAUAUUUUAAAAUCCAUUCACCAGCUGAUGGGCAUCUUGGCUGUCUUCAUUUCUUGGCUGUUGUGAAGAGAGCAGCAACAAACCUGGAGGAACAGAUCUUCCCUCACAAAGAAAUAUUCUGAAGAACCCAUCAAGAUUUCUGUCUGGUCAAGUUCAAGGACCAUCUGUCUUAACCCCAAGCAGGAAAAAUGAAACAUAUUAUCAGUCCAUAUGAACACACCAAUGACACGGCAAGAAACAAUUCAGAUUGCCCUGAUGUAGUUUUGCCAGAAGAGAUAUUUUUCACAAUCUCCAUCAUUGGAGUUCUGGAGAACCUGAUUGUCCUCCUGGCUGUGAUCAAGAAUAAGAAUCUCCAAUCCCCCAUGUACUUUUUUAUCUGCAGUUUGGCCAUUUCUGACAUGUUGGGCAGUCUGUACAAGAUAUUGGAAAACAUCCUGAUCAUGUUCAGAAACCGGGGUUAUCUCAAGCCUCGUGGCAAUUUUGAAAGUACAGCCGAUGACAUCAUUGACUGCUUGUUCAUCCUCUCUUUGCUGGGCUCUAUCUUCAGCCUGUCUGUGAUUGCUGCUGACCGCUACAUCACCAUCUUCCAUGCCCUGCAAUACCACAGCAUUGUGACCAUGCGCCGCACCGUCAUCACCCUAGCAGUAAUCUGGAUAUUCUGCACGGGGAGCGGCAUCGCCAUGGUGAUCUUCUCCCACCACAUCCCCACCGUGAUCACCUUCACAUCACUCUUCCCUUUGAUGCUAGUUUUCAUCCUGUGUCUCUACAUUCAUAUGUUCUUACUUGCCCGCUCCCAUGCUAGGAAGAUCUCUACUCUACCUACAGCCAACAUGAAAGGUGCCAUCACACUGACUAUCCUUCUUGGGGUCUUCAUCUUCUGUUGGGCCCCCUUUGUCCUCCACGUCCUCUUAAUGACCUUCUGCCCGAAUAACCCUUACUGUGUUUGCUACAUGUCUCUCUUCCAGAUCAAUGGCAUGUUGAUCAUGUGUAAUGCAGUCAUUGACCCCUUUAUAUAUGCCUUUCGGAGUCCAGAGCUCAGGGAUGCAUUCAAGAAGAUGCUCUCCUGCAACAGGUAUCAGUAGAACUUUUGACCCCUGAUUUAAAUAUUGUAAAGAGGUCAAAUGGCAUGACAAUCUGACAAGUGCUGAUGCUUCUGGCCAGCAUCUUUCUUUAAUAGAUGGUGAUAAUCCCACUAGUUAGUGUUUACCAUACAUAGCUGGCUUUCUAAUUGACAGUCUUCCUGCAGCUGCAAACUUUAUAUUGUAUCUAGAGAGAUGAAAUUAUGGGCUGAAAAGAACAAUAUACAAAGUAACAUAGCAAUACAAAUGUGAGGACUUUGGGUUAAGCAAAUAUUUGUUCUAUUGUGGGUACCUGACAAAAUUGUCCUAGGAGGCCUUUCCAAGUUGGAGGCCAUGGCAACCAAUUCUCUAAGUUAAAGUACUUUUUAACCAUCUAACUAACUAACUGUUUUGGUUAGGUUUCUAUUUCUGUGGCAAAUACGAACAUUUAAUCAACUUUUAAAAAGGAAAAAUUUAUUUUGUCUCAUAAAUUGAGAGGUUUUGGUUCUUGGUACCUGGCUGUUGGUUGGGCCUAUGGCGAAGCAGCUCAUCAUGAUGGAAACAUGUAUUAAAACAACUCAUGGCAGCCAGAAACCCAUGGCAAAGAAGAAAAGAUGGGUGUCCGAUAGUCUUCUUUGAUGGUAAAAUCUCAAUGAACUAACAUUUACCAUCAGACCCCACCUCUUAAAGGCUGCUUCUGGUAUCAGCUAACUAAAGACCAAGUCUUUAACACAUGAGGAUCACUUACCUAAACCAUAAUAGAGAGUGCCUCAGUUUAGAAACUAUAGAGUUCUUGUAAGACAAAUAUGGUCAUUAAUUACCACCACUAAAUAGCCCAUCUCUCAUGUAGUCAGCUUUUGAAUUUCCAAGAAUAAAUGACUCUUCACUAUAAGUCUUCUUUGCUCACUCAGGAUUCCACUUACUCUUUAAAUCUCUCCCUACUUCCAUUUCCUCAAACGUUAAAAGCAAAAAUCUCUCAAAAUGGAAAAUUCACAUAUUAACCCAUUUGAGUCCUAUUCAGGAAUAUAUAAUAUGUACUGUAUUAGGGGAAGGAAGGAAGGAGAGAUAUAAGGGAUGAGAGAGAGAGAGAGAGAGAGAAUCAGAAUCAGAAUCAUGUUUUUGACUAUGGAAUAACCAAGACCGAAACAUUUCAAGCAUCAUGCUAUUACUAGAGACCCAAUCAAAGGAUAUGAUAUGAUGAAAAAAAUCUCUUUUUCUUUUAAACAAGUUCAAAAUGUAGGCACAUAAAAUCACUGAACAUUGUAUUAUUAUGCAUUAAGUAAUAUAUAUCCAAUAUUGAAACAUGGCAUUCUAAAUAGUAGUAAAAGAAGCAAACUUUCAAGUUCAGCCAUUAAUAACACAGUUAAAGAAGAGGCUCAGAGUGUAGCAGGUUGCAGUGACAAGUCCUUGCCAAACUAGAGAGAACUAUCAGUGAUAAAAGGAUCCAAGGCUACUCUAGUCUCCCUGGAUUCUCAGUAUCUUCUGCGAGAGACAGCUUCUUGCCUUCUGUCUCCAAAUCCUGUUGUAUAAGAGCUUCUGGGGAAAACAAAGAAAAGACAUAGGGUAGAAAAAGUAUGAUUUAUAAGGUUAAGGAUGUGCCAGAACAGAAGAAAGUCAUAUUCAAGAGGGGGAAAGUGCUUAUACGCUGAGCUGGGAAAAUGUGGGGCAUGGCCAUCCAGAGACAUGGCCUUCCUCAAAGACUGACAUGCUCAACACAGCUAAGUAUAACUCAUGUCUGAUUUCCACAGCAGCUGACCAAAUUUAUAUUGCGUCUGCCUUACACGGCUUUCGAGUAGUGAGAAUUUCUGUUAUCCAUUGAUCCUUUAUUUCCCUGUAUGAAUUCAUACUUUGUACUUUGGUUAUUGUCUGCUACCUGGGUUUGCCCGAAUUGCUAAGCAUUCUAUGAACAUUCCUGUGUGUGAACAUGCAAAAUAGUUUCCCCAGAAUAUGUUCAUUGAAUAGACACGCUUCAACUUAACAAGAGAAUUGAAAACUGUUUUUCCGAAAUGGUUAUGCCAACCACACUCUCACUACUAGAGUGCAAAAGUUCCAGUGGGCCUGUAUCUUCACCAAUUCAUUAUGCCCUCAAAGUCUUGGUAAUUUGACAGAUGUCUGAUGCCCAUCUUUGACUGCUCAUGAAAUUGAGUAGACUUGACAUUGCUUGUGUUUCAUGAACUCUUGCUCAUGCAUUUUACUGGUCUGUCUUGGAGAUUCCCAGGUGAAGGGAUUUGCUAGUAGAGCCCUUACUCUCCGUCUUUUCCUGGCUGGAGUCUUCUAUACAGUGGUGACAGGAAGCAGAGAUUGAGAGAUUCUUCGUGUUUUUCCUAAAUUUAAGUAAUAAUACAAUUCAAGUUUUUCCAAUAUGGUUCUUAUUUUUUUUUGAAAGUUAUGUUCUACUAAACUGAAGACUUUCUUUUCCUACAUUGUUUCCUAACAAUGCUUUUAUCAUAAAUGAACAUCGACCUUUUAAUGCAUCUUCAGCAACAGCAGAUCAUUUGCUAAAUUAUUAGUGGAGUAAAUAACACUAAUAGAUUUUUAAAAAUUGACCAAACUUAUACAAACUACAAAUAGUGCAAUAUUAUAGAAAUUGUAAAUAAAGCUAAAAUAUGUCAUUCUACAAGAAUUAUUCUGAAUCAUACUUUUAUACAUUCAAAGAUUUUAUACUAAUAUGCUUUAGUAAAUUUUUGAAUGGACAAUAGUGGAUUGUAUAAACAAAAAACAAUAAUUAUGAAAAAAG